AGGGGCAAGUCCGCGCACUGUUAUUAUUUAUUUCUUUGUUUCAUGUGUAUUAAACAAUAACAACGGUGGCUAAUUCACGACGUGUGAAUAUUUCGCGUGAGCGAAUGACAGUCCCGUGCUCCUGUUGCUACACCGACACAUCGGCAAAAUCAUCUGGGGGAGGAUGAAGCGGCGCAAUGCGGACUGCAGCAAACUCAGACGGCCGUUAAAACGGAACCGAAUCACCGAGGGUAUAUAUAGCAGUACAUUCCUAUAUCUGAAGUUUCUGGUGGUGUGGGUGUUAGUUCUACUUGCUGACUUUGUGUUGGAGUUCAGGUUUGAGUACCUGUGGCCAUUCUGGCUUUUCAUCCGCAGCGUCUACGAUUCCUACAGAUAUCAGGGUCUGGCCUUCUCAUUCUUCUUUGUGUUUGUGGCCCUCACGUCAGACAUCAUUUGCCUCCUCUUCAUCCCUGUCCAGUGGCUCUUCUUUGCUGCCAGCACCUAUGUAUGGGUCCAAUAUGUGUGGCACACAGAAAGAGGAGUGUGUCUCCCAACUGUGUCGUUGUGGAUCCUGUUUGUGUACAUCGAAGCCGCCAUCCGGUUCAAAGACCUGAAGAACUUUCAUGUUGACCUGUGUCGACCUUUUGCUGCUCACUGUAUUGGCUACCCAGUGGUAACUCUGGGCUUUGGCUUUAAGAGCUACGUGAGCUACAAGAUGCGGCUAAGGAAACAGAAGGAGGUGCAAAAGGAGAACGAGUUCUACAUGGAGCUGCUGCAACAGGCUCUUCCACCUGAGCAGCAGAUGCUGCAACGACAAGAGAGGGAGGCAGAGGAGGCAAAAGGGAUUUCAGAAACAGAACCUUCCGUCGGGUCUCAAAACGGAGGACCCCCGAAUAAGAAAAACACUUCAGUCCCAUUACCGGAACUGGAGUACAGGGAAAAAGGGAAGGACGGUUCUGCAAAAGAGCGUGAAGGCAAAAAACAAAACACAAUUGGAAUCAAUAAUAACAACAUUAUACACUCAAUGGACUCCAAACUACAGGAGACGGAAUAUAUCGAGAACUAUAUCAGGGUAAAGAAACUGAGCAACGACGUGGCGGGGGCGGAGAAUGCGCACGGCGACUCCAACGCCCUGACCGCUGUUAAAGAAGAAGUGGCGGCGAGUGGGAAAAACUACAAAAACGCCUCAGGAGGCGGAGUCUGUAACUCAUCGCCGCGGAAUCACACUUUUAGUAACGGCAACAUUCCCACGGCGUCGAGUAAGAAUGACAGAAAGCAGAAGGGGGGUGGGAAAAGUCCAAAGGACCCGUUGGAAAACUGCAUCCCCAACAACCAGCUGGGGAAGAUGGACGCUUUAGUACGGAUGGAGCAGGACGUGAAGCGCCUCAAGGCGGACUUGCAAGCCAACAGGCAGGUGGAGUCGGAUUUGCGGAGUCAGCUGUCCUCUCUGAGCAGCCAAGACCGCAGCCUUCGCUCGGAACUGGGCCAGCUCCAGCAGGACAAUGAACUGCUCCAGAACAAGCUCCACAGCUCCGUCCAAGCCAAGCAGAAGGACAAGCAGACCAUCUCCCAGCUGGAGAAGAGGCUAAAAGCCGAGCAGGAGGCGCGGGUCCUGGCGGAAAAACAGCUGGCCGAGGAGAGGAAGAGGAAAAAGAUGGAGGAGGCCACGGCCGCAAGAGCGGUGGCGUUAGCCGCGGCCACCAGAGUGGAGUCGAAUGAUUCCUUGCGCGGUCGUAUCAGAGAGCUGGAGACGGAGUGCAAGAAGCUCAGCAUGGACAUAAAAGUCAAAGAGGAGCAGAUUCGGGAUCUGGAGGGCAGGUGCCAGGAGUUGCGCAAGUACAAAGAGAACGAGAAGGACACGGAGGUGCUGAUGUCGGCGCUGUCAGCCAUGCAGGAGAAGACGCAGCACCUGGAGAACAGCCUGAGCGCCGAGACCCGGAUCAAGCUGGAUCUGUUCUCGGCGCUGGGCGAUGCCAAGAGGCAGCUGGAGAUCGCACAAGGCCAGAUCCACCAGAGGGAGCAAGAGAUCGCCGAGCUGAAGCAGAAGAUAGCAGAAGUGAUGGCAGUGAUGCCCACUCUCUCGUACUCGUCAGACAGCAGCAACUUGAACCCGGUGACCCCGCACUACUCCUCCAAGUUUAUGGACAAUAGUUCCUCCUCCCUGGACCCCAAUGCCUCAGUUUACCAGCCCCUCAAAAAAUGACUGGACUGUUUUUUUAAAAAAAUCUCUUUGUUUCUGUUCGGGUCAUUCUGAGUUUACAAGCCUCUGACAGAUGUUGCACUGAGGGACACAACAUAUCUACAUUUGAAAGGAGUAUUUUUUUGUUCUGCUGGUUUAAUUAUUCAAAUUAACGGGUGGGAAGAGGAAUCAUGUGUUAGCCAAAUGAAGAAAGAAACAUUGUUCAUUUUUGUUUUUCCUCUACUGUUUCUCAUGAGUCAACUUGGGCUUUAAUUUAUCAUUUUUCACUUAAAGGCACCUAAAAUAUACAUGAAUGUAUAAGUAUUCAUGCUUUUAGAUCUCUGCUAACGUUAAGCAAUGGUGAAAGUAUCAUUUUCACUCGAUUAAUCGAUUAUUUAAAUGCUGUAAUCACGGCACUGCCAAAAUAUACGGAGUAUUAUUUUGUUUGCUGCAAAUACUUUUUCACGUGGACCAAAUUCCAACAUAAAUGUCCUUCAACGAAUUUAAUGAUGUCUCAGUAACAGGUCGUUACAGUUUUUUUUUUUUUUUUUUCCCCCGAUAUUUCAGUGCCUUUGAAUUAAAUUUUCGAAACGCCGCAGCCGCAUUCUUUUGGCUGUUUUUCGUAUCUAAAGGCAAAAUACAUUUAAGUGUCACCAGCUCCAUCAAGAAUUUGUUUUGCAAUUACCCAAAUUUAAUCUGAUAGCCUGAGUUUUCUCCGAAAGGGAAACUCACAUUUUCCUAGUGACACAGUGUUGGUGUGCCAAACAACAACCAAACUGAUUGUCUCCUUAUGCCUAAAAAAAAAAAGGCGUCUCUUUGUUUACAGAAAUGUACAUUAACUUACAGAGGAAUGUUGCUUUGUUUAGUUAAGUGCCAAGUGUGGUGUGUGUUUUUUCCAUUUUUACUCCAAUUGAUGUAAUUAGCAUUUUUGUUUUAUAAACGGGUGCUGUUUAAUUGUUUUUUUUUUGUGUCAUUAGAACGUAUCAAUGGUGUAGAGUUUACAAGGCCAAUUGUGAUGAAACGGCAGGUUGUCACUUUGAUUGUGUUCUUCCUUCAUGUAUUUAUUUGUGGAUUUAAUGACAGUAUUUUUCUAUUUUUGCUCUUAUUUUUCCAACCAGGUAGGAUUUUGUGAAUGUGAAUCAUUUUGAUCAUGUUUGUGCUAUCAUGUGACCUACCUGGAACACUGUUGUUGUGGCUUCGUACAUUCAGUUAACAUUGUGAGGGAGGGGAAAAAGUGUGGGAGGUAAAAGUGAUUUGUGUUCUUUUGUGCUCCAUUUCCCCCACAUCUCAUUUUUACUUCAAGUGACGAUGUCACACUUUUCAGUUUGCCCAUCACUAUUAAAGACUUGCUGGAGGCAGUGAAAGC